AUGCAUGGCUUCGAACGACGAAAACGUGCACAGCACCUCCCUGCGAUGCCUGCUCUCUGGCCUGGUAGGUCUGACGCUCCGGUCCGUGACGCUCGCGAGCACCUUCGGCUCAACCAACCUCUUGAGCAGCCUCGCGGCCGUGCCCCCUCGGCCCUGCAGCUCCACCACCAUACCCGCGAGACACGCGAGCGCGGCGUCCAAGUCGAAGUCCUCCGCCUUCGGCGCCGCGACCUUAAUCCGCACAUACUCGGCAAACGCAUACACAUUGCACGCCUCCGCCACAGCCAGGACGAUGAUAUCCUGCGGCGCGCGCGCGCGUUCCAGCCGAUCAGCGGCCACCACCGCACAGUACGCGAUCAGCGCCACCUCGACCACCGUGACGCGCGAAAUCAGCAGCCCCUGCCGCUCCAUGUUCGCGCCCUCCCGCACGGGAUCCACCUGGUUCUCCACGCGCAUCUUCCGGUAGUGCCGGUCCAGCGAGUAGUUGCUCUCCACCUCCGGGUAGCGAUGAUGAAAGAUGAACUUCCUCCCCAUGGCAAUCGCGUAGGCCUCCACGGCCCAGGCCAUGGCCGCGUCGGCCUUGGACAACCUCUUCCCCCCCCACACCUCCGGCACCGCCUCCAUACCCCCUCCCUGCACGCCCGGCAACCUCAUCUCCCGGACGCGAUUAUCAUCAUACAGCACCUCCUCUGGCGCGUUUGUAAACCCCAAGCUCUUCAGCACGUCCAGGCAGACCUUGACCGCCGGGCUAGGCUUGCGCGCGCUCGUAACAUACGUGGCCAUCGGCAAGACGACGGGGCCGCCGCCGCCACACAGCCUCGCGACGACGGCCAGGACGCGGACGUUCAAGCGGGCAUCGACGGGGGCCGACCCGGCGACGAUGCCGCGGAAAAGCUCGGCGGGGUCGAGGUUGCCGGCGCGGAUCCAGCGCAGCAGCUUGUCGGUGGCGGCCGCGUCGCCGUCGCCGGACUUGCCCAGUCCCGUGGCGCGCUCGACAACCUCGAGCCAGUCGGCGCGCGGGAUGUAGAUGCUGCGGUCGAUGUAGCGCGGCGAGGCCGUGCGCGGGAAGUAGGCGUACGCGACGUUGAGCGCUGGGGCGGCGCGCGAGCGCGGGGGGUGCGGGCGGGAGGCCGGCGCGGCGGUCAGGGAGGAGAGGUGCGGGGGGGUCGGGUCCGAGACCUUCAGGCGCGUGAGACCGGCGAGAAGGGCGUCGUCUGCUACGGAGGGGCGGCGGCGACGCGCGGGGGGAGGGGUCAUUUUGGAGGGUGGAGAGGGGAGAGGAGGGAAGGGAAGGGGGUGGGGGAUGGAAGUGAGUAG